UAUGACCAAUUGCCCUACUCUGAUUGUCAUGGUGGGUCUCCCAGCAAGAGGAAAAACCUACAUCUCGAAGAAGCUGACACGCUAUCUAAAUUGGAUUGGAGUGCCUACAAAAGAAUUUAAUGUUGGUCAAUAUCGUCGAGAUCUGGUGAAAAAAUAUAAGUCUUUUGAAUUCUUCUUACCUGACAAUGAAGAAGGCUUGAAAAUCAGGAAACAGUGUGCCUUAGCAGCGCUGAAUGACGUCCGACAGUACCUCAGUGAAGAAAAUGGGCACGUGGCUGUCUUUGAUGCUACAAACACAACUCGAGAACGCAGAGAAACUAUUUACAAAUUUGGUGAGGAAAAUGGAUAUAAGACUUUUUUUGUCGAGUCAGUAUGCGUAGAUCCAGAGGUCAUUGCUGCAAACAUUGUGCAAGUGAAGCUGGGUAGUCCUGACUAUGUUGAUUGUAGUAAUGAUGAAGCAACAGAAGACUUCAUGAAAAGAAUUGAGUGCUACAAGAACUCAUAUGAGACGUUAGAUGAAACUCUUGACAAGGAUCUUUCUUAUAUUAAAAUCAUGGAUGUGGGAAGGAGUUACCUUGUGAACAGAGUAAUGGAUCACAUUCAGAGCCGGAUUGUGUACUACCUCAUGAAUAUCCACGUGACUCCUCGGUCAAUCUACCUCUGCCGACACGGAGAGAGUGAACUCAACCUGAAGGGGAGAAUAGGAGGAGAUCCUGGACUGUCUGUCAGGGGAAAAGAAUUUGCCAAAAGCUUGGCACAAUUCAUUAAUGAGCAAAAUAUCAAAGAUCUGAAAGUUUGGACCAGCCAGAUGAAGAGGACAAUUCAGACUGCUGAAGCCUUGGGAGUGCCUUAUGAGCAGUGGAAGGUUUUGAAUGAGAUAGAUGCAGGAGUAUGUGAAGAAAUGACAUAUGAAGAAAUACAGGAAAAUUAUCCGCUUGAAUUUGCACUGAGAGACCAAGACAAAUACAGAUACAGAUACCCUAAAGGAGAGUCCUAUGAAGAUCUUGUUCAGAGACUGGAGCCAGUAAUUAUGGAACUUGAAAGGCAGGAAAAUGUGCUUGUCAUAUGUCACCAAGCUGUCAUGCGCUGUCUGCUCGCGUAUUUUCUUGACAAGCCUGCAGAACAGCUGCCUUACCUGAAGUGCCCACUGCAUACUGUCUUAAAGCUAACCCCAGUGGCUUAUGGAUGUAAAGUAGAAUCUAUAUUUCUGAAUGUUGAAGCUGUAAACACGCAUAGAGAUAAACCCGAGAACGUAGGUGUGGAUCGGUCAAGAGAAGAAGCUUUGAGGACAGUGCCUAACCACCUAUAGCUCCAGUUCCUGGGGUGGCAGCCCUUCCUCCAGCAUGAGAGCGUGAAGUAGCAGCUCAGGUCCAGGAGAAUGGAGCCGGUGUCGCCACACGCGUUGGGAUGAACGUGCCUCCCCUUCACUUUAAGACAUUUCGAAUGUGAUUCAGCUUCUUUGGAGAAAACCUGUAGUUGUGGAUAACUCCCAGUGCCGCAAGCUACAUUUAAUACGUACGUCAGGAAACAGUACAGAAAGGUUAGGUGGAGUUUAACCAUUCUAACAGCUCAUGCAAGAAAAACAUCAGGUAAAUUC